AUGAAGGUUUCUACCACUAUUUUUACCGCUAUUACCGUUACCGGCGCCAACGCUUUAUGGAAUGUGCCGGAAAGAUAUAAGACCAAUGAGGAGCUUAAGAAUUAUUUUGUGACUUUCCCUGGUUGUUAA